CUGGAAUCAAUCUUGUUAACACCCUCCCAGAUGAAGUCAUGAGAAAGGCUUUGUGCAUGCCCUGUCGACACCGUCGGUGUGCACGAUGGAGGGAGGCUGAUCGCCGGGCUCAUCGAGGAUCCUCUUCUUGACAAUCGGGCAACAACUUGUAUCACUUACAACUCAGCCUCCAAGCUGGUCAUUUAAAGUUGAAUGUCUAAGUCAGAGGCACUUUCUAGCGCCUCUCAUAGGGCCAGGGGGCUGGUUACCGAAUGAGGGUUGCUCGUUUUCGCUAAUCGCGCGCUACCGGACCUGGCCUAGUAAUAUAUCUUCUGAACUCCUGGAGGAGACAACUUGCGGUGCUUCGCAGGAUAUCUGGCAUACUCUUCGUGUUUUUGAUACUAUCUGAACCACAAUCAACUAACAUCUAUCUGUCUACUUUCCCUACUUCAUAGAUCGCGAUGUUUGAAAGAAGAUCGCCGUACCAGGAGGGCAGUCUGUGGUAUUAUGCUCCCAACAAAGGCGCUCCCAUUACGUUCGCCAUCUGGUUUACCAUCUCUGGGAUCUGGCACAUCUGCCAAUGCAUCAAGUAUAAAUCCUGGAAGGUGACUGGGCUUUUGCCCUGGUCGGCACUGCUCUUCACUGGCGGGUUUGUGCUACGUGCUGUUGCCGCCUGGGGCCACUGGGACAGCCUGCCUAUCUUUAUCGUGAGCACCGUACUUCUGCUUGCUGGCCCGCCGGUCUAUGAAGCAGCGAAUUACCUCAUCCUCGGGCGAAUCCUCUACUACAUCCCGUACCACUCUCCGAUCCAUCCCGGACGAGUCUUCACCACAUUCCUUAACAUGAGCAUGAUGAUCGAGGUGCUUACCGGUAACGGCGGUGCCUUGGUAGCCAACGUCGAGAACCCUCCGCGCAAGCAAGACAUUGGCAAGGGACUGCUCAAAGCGUCGCUGAUCUUGCAACUCGUGCUGAUGGCCGCGUUUGUGACGCUGGCUUCUAAGUUCCACUACAACUGUUAUCGCGGAGGGGUCUUGAACCGCAAGGUGAAGCACGCUCUGUGUACCCUGUACAUCAGCUGCGGGCUAAUCACUGUGCGGACGAUCUAUCGGACGGUGGAGUACUUCACGGCGGCCAGCCUGAAUGUGUCCAACAUCCAGGACAUCAGCCCUGUCCUCAAGGACGAGUGGUUCUUCUGGGUGUUCGAGGCGGCUGUGAUGUAUAUCAAUACGACGAUGCUGAAUAUCUGCCAUCCCAUGCAGUGGCUGCCCCGGUCCAACAAGAUCUAUCUGGCGAGAGACGGGGUCACGGAGCUGGAAGGGCCGGGCUAUAAGGACACUCGCCCUUUUCUGCUUACUCUUGUCGACCCAUUUGAUGUGGUUGGUCUGUGCAAGAAGCGAGGCAGACAGGAGAGGUUCUGGGAGGCCUAGGCAGGGGAGAGUGUCAAGAACACCCAUGCCAAAGGGAUUGCUGCUGUUUAAUGGGUGAUUGACUUGAGCGAAUAAACAUUCCGG